CUGGUGCUGUGGGAAUAGGCAGGUCUCGCCAGUCAUGGCAAGAGUAGAAAUAGGCGGUGGCCUACAACCACCUCCCUUCUGUCCUGGACCCUGACCUCCUCAGACAUCUUAUUCCUGGGUGUCAGCUGAACAACGUCUCUUGUCCACUCCCUAUAUACCAGGUAGCAAAGAUGUUGCUCUCAAACCUGGCUCUCUUGGUUCUCUCUUCGUGCAUCCAGCUGGCUACAGCACGGCCAGCACUCUCUUCUCGAAAUGAGGGCACCACUACCUGCACCCCCAAGCCGGCCCCGACUCACUGGGGCAUUCUCAUGCCCCGUGCCUUUGCCCCGCUUGACGUCUUCGGUCCAGUUGAAGCCCUCCAAGCCCUCGCCCGCAGCACGCAUCUGAAGCUCUCCCUCCUGGCGCGUACUAUGGAGCCCGUGAGCUCGGCUCCAGUCAGCCCUGCCAUGAACAGGUUCAACUCGUCCUUCUGGCCCUCCUUUGUCCCAACAGAUACCUACGCAGACAACCCGCCGAUCCAAGUGCUGCUCAUCCCCGGGGGUGCCGCGGCGAGGUCGCCAGACCUGGGCCCGGAGCUUGAGUACAUCAGGAAGGUCACUCCUAGCCUCCAGUAUCUUAUUACCAUUUGCACCGGUGCAGGGAUCGCGGCCCAGGCCGGUGUGUUGGAUGGCCACAGGGCCACAACGAAUAAACGGGCGUGGAAUGAGAUGAUCCCGAGGGGCACCAAUGUCAAAUGGGUCUCUCCAGCGCGCUGGGUAGAGGAUGGCAAAGUAUGGAGCUCAUCAGGGGUUACUUCCGGCAUAGACCUCACGCUCGCCUUCAUCGAGGCAAAAUAUCCCAACGGGAGCACCCUGGCCAAUGAUAUCAGCCACACAAUGGAGCACCAGAGGAUUACAGACUGGCGCCAUGACCCAGAAGCUGAGUACUUCCACGUCCCGCCGACAAACUGAGUGACUUUGGGGAAUCGAGGGGGAUUGAGAGAUAGCUGAAGGGCGGUUUUGAAUGAAGUCAUGGCCACGCACAUAAUUUUUUCGAACCGCAUGGAAGAUUGGCCUUUGGCGGGAAAUAACAUGUCAGAAGAGGAGUGAAUGUCUCUGCAUGCCGCAGAAUGUGUGAUGGCAGCUUGCCAAUGAUCAAUUACCGUACAAACAUUAAUACUAUCUAACCCAACACAAGUCGCGUACAAGGACCAUUUUCUGUGUAUCUACCCCUUUGCCCGUAUAUUGAUGAAUUCCGUGCUGACCAAACACGUCGUGUGUAGAAGGGGUAAGGGCAGGCCAGGAAAUGGUCAACUAAGCAAACAAGGACACCUUUCUGUGUCCCUUCCCGGUGUGUUGAUGAAUACCGUUCUGACCAAUGAACGUCCAGGAUAAGGGCAGACAAAGCAAGAUGGUCAACUGAUCUAACCCAACAUGAGUGGCGUACAAGGACCCCCUUC